GCAUUUUUUAAUCUGACACAAAUAAGUGUCAAAGGAACUCCUUAAGGGCUAACCCAGCAUGAUAUUCAUACUGUAUAUUAUGCUGAAUUCCUCAUUUGAUUUGGUCAAAUGCAGAUUUUUAAUUCUUAUUUUAUCAACCUUUGUGCAUGUGUGUGCGGUUGUGCGUGUGAGCUCUCCUAGGCUGCUGAAGUAGAAAGUGAGAGGUGUGGUUUCGUGUUACUCAACACACUUCAUGUCCGCAUCCCUCGCUAUAAAAGCCAAGAGACCGAGAGGAGGAGAGCAAGUCAGGGCACCAGCACCUCAAUCAUCACCAGCCAAUCUGCACCGGGAGACUUAUAGACAAAAACAAACAUGCUGAAAUUGUGCAUGAUGCUCGCCACGCUCCUCUUCUGCUUGUUGGUGUUUUGGAGCACCUUUGCCGACGCAUACCCGCCCAAACCAGAGAGUCCCGGCAGCAAUGCCUCCCCGGACGACUGGGCCAAGUACCACGCUGCUGUCAGGCACUAUGUCAACCUAAUCACCAGACAGAGAUAUGGGAAGAGGUCUACCCCAGAACAGGCGAUGGCUUGGCUGCUGUUUGGUGCUGAUCCAAGCCAAGACUCCGAACCACAUUUGGAUUAUAACGAGUGGUAGUUGACUUCAAGGAUACCUAAUCCCACUUGAAAACCAAACGGCAAUCAAAAUGACUGGGAUUCCCUGGGGAGAAUCUUAAUCUUAAUGUACUUUAAUUGUUCAAUAUACAUGCAUGUUUCCCUCCCUUCCUCUCUGUUUGUCUGAAUGUUUUGCUCUUUGUACACCUCUUUG